CCACUCACAUUUAGAGAGGGAAACAGCCAGGUUAGAGGGAGAGAGGGAGGGGGAGAGAAUGGCGGUUAGACUGUUGUCUCCGAAUCCGUGUUGUUCAGAAUCGAAGCUCACCGCCUUGUUCUACUGCUCGAGCUUGGUUUCCAGACCGAACUGUCUGGUUCGGCGGCGGCAGAGGACGGUGCAGCUCCCGCGUCGGCGGAGACCGGCGGUUGCGACCCCUAGGGCGUGCGUGAAGUUGGAGGAGAAGAAUGUGCCGGAGACAGGAAGCGAGUGGGGGAAGGUGUCGGCGGUGUUGUUCGACAUGGACGGGGUCCUCUGCAACAGCGAAGAUCUUUCCAGGAGAGCGGCAGUCGAUGUCUUCGCUGAAAUGGGGGUCGAAGUUACCGUUGAUGACUUCGUGCCUUUCAUGGGCACUGGCGAAGUAAACUUCUUAGGAGGUGUAGCUUCUGUGAAGGGUAUCAAAGGAUUCAAUGCUGAGGCAGCAAAGAAAAGGUUUUUUGAGAUAUAUCUAGAUAAGUAUGCAAAACCAGAUUCUGGAAUAGGAUUCCCUGGUGCCCUCGAACUCAUUACUCAGUGCAAAAGCAAGGGGCUCAAAGCUGCUGUUGCAUCUAGUGCAGAUCGCAUCAAGGUUGAUGCAAAUUUAGCCGCUGCAGGUUUACCGGUGUCAAUGUUUGAUGCUAUUGUGUCUGCAGAUGCAUUUGAGAAUCUAAAGCCUGCCCCUGAUAUUUUUCUAUCUGCAUCUAAAAUUUUGGAUGUGCCAACUAGUGAGUGUAUUGUUAUUGAAGAUGCAUUAGCUGGAGUGCAGGCUGCUAAAGCUGCGCAGAUGAGAUGUAUAGCCGUGACAACAACAUUGUCAGAAGACACUCUAAAAAAGGCUGGUCCAUCACUUAUCAGACAGGAGAUAGGAAGUAUUUCACUUGAUGACAUACUUAGUGGUGGCUCUGUUUCAAAUAACGAGAAGAUGCAGGGACCCCAACUUGGCAAUUCCUCUGCUCAAAUGUCUCCACCACCUCUCAAGGAUAGAAGAGAGAGUGGGCCAUUCCCGGAUAUAAAUUCUUCAAAUAAUGCGGCCUUCUCAAUUGGAGAAUUGCAGGGUUCUCGUCGAGAUAUUUUAAGAUAUGGAAGUCUGGGGGUUGCUAUCUCUUGUUUCAUUUUCACGAUUACUAACUGGAAGGCAAUGCAAUAUGCAUCUCCAAAGGCCAUUUGGAACUUGCUAUUUGGAGUAGUCAAACCCUCUUUUGUACAGAAUAAAGGUUUACCCCAUUCUGCUAGAGUUCAACAAUUUGUGAACUAUAUAUCUGAAUUGGAAACCGGGGGGACUGCUCGUAUUGUGCCAGAGUUUCCAUCAAAACUUGAUUGGCUAAAUACACCUCCCCUUAAGCUAGGCAGGGAUUUGAAAGGAAAAGUUGUUCUUCUGGACUUUUGGACCUACUGUUGUAUAAAUUGCAUGCAUGUCCUGCCAGAUCUAGAGUUUUUGGAGAAAAAAUACAAAGAUAUGCCAUUCAUGGUUGUUGGAGUGCAUUCUGCAAAGUUUGAUAAUGAGAAAGAUUUAGAAGCCAUCAGGAAUGCUGUCCUGCGCUAUGGAAUCACUCACCCAGUUGUCAAUGAUGGGGAUAUGUACUUGUGGCGGGAGCUAGGGAUUAAUUCCUGGCCUACAUUUGCUAUUGUUGGGCCCAGUGGUAAGCUCCUUGCACAAAUAUCAGGUGAAGGUCGUCGGAAGGAUCUUGAUGAUUUAGUGGAAGCAGCUCUUCUGUUCUAUGGUGAAAAGAAGAUGUUGAACAACAACCCCAUUCCCUUGAGUUUGGAGAAGGAUAAUAAUCCCCUUUUAUUGACCUCUCCCUUGAAGUUUCCUGGCAAGCUGGCAGUUGAUGUCCUCAAUAACCGACUCUUCAUUUCUGACAGUAACCAUAACAGAAUAGUGGUAACCGACUUGGAUGGGAAUUUUAUUGUCCAAGUUGGGAGCACAGGAGAGGAAGGUUUCCAAGAUGGUAACUUUGACGAUGCUGCUUUCAAUCGGCCACAGGGUCUUGCUUAUGAUGCAAAGAAAAAUCUUCUUUAUGUAGCGGAUACUGAAAACCAUGCUUUAAGGGUGAUUGAUUUUGUCAAAGAGAUGGUGAAGACUGUUGCUGGAAACGGAAUCAAAGGAUCUGACUACAGAGGGGGAGGGAAAGGCACUGCUCAGCUUCUUAAUUCUCCAUGGGAUAUCUGCUAUGAUCCAGUCAAAGAGAUUGUUUACAUUGCAAUGGCUGGACAGCAUCAGAUUUGGGAACAUAGUACACCAAAUGGGAUUACAAGAGCUUUUAGUGGUGAUGGUUAUGAAAGAAACUUGAAUGGUUCAAGCGCUACAAGCACGUCAUUUGCGCAACCUUCUGGAAUUUCCUUAGCACCUGAUUUGAAGGAGGCAUAUAUUGCUGAUAGUGAAAGUAGCUCCAUACGAGCAGUUAAUCUGAAAACAGGAGGAUCAAGAUUACUAGCUGGCGGGGAUCCUGUGUUCUCAGAUAAUUUGUUUAGGUUUGGAGAUCAUGAUGGAACAGGGUCUGAAGUACUUCUUCAACAUCCACUGGGCGUGCUUAGUGGGAAGGAUGGUCAAAUUUAUAUAGCAGACUCUUACAAUCACAAGAUCAAGAAAUUAGAUCCAGCUACUAAGAGAGUGUACACUUUAGCCGGUACUGGCAAAGCUGGUUUCAAGGAUGGGAAGGCCUUGGAAGCUCAGCUUUCGGAGCCAGCAGGAAUCAUUGAGGCACAAAAUGGAAGACUGUUCAUAGCUGAUACAAACAAUAGUCUAAUUAGAUAUCUAGAUCUUGACAAGGAAGAAGCUAAACUUCUUACUUUGGAGCUGAAAGGAGUUACUCCUCCUACACGAAAAUCCAAGUCUUUAAAGCGCCUUAGAAGGCGAGCAGCAGACACGGAGAUUGUUACAAUUGAUGGUGGUUCAUCUAGUGAGGGCAACUUAUUCCUUAAAGUAUCAGUGCCUGAAGGGUACCAUUUCUCAAAGGAAGCACGUAGCAAGUUCAGUGUAGAAAUUGAGCAAGAGAAUCAAGUUGUUAUUGACCCUCGGGAAGGAUAUCUCAGCCCAGAAGGAUCUGCAUCUCUUCAUUUUAGAAGAAUGUCUGAUUCAGCUAUCACAGGGCGAAUUAACUGCAAGGUUUACUAUUGUAAGGAGGAUGAAGUCUGCUUGUACCAAUCUCUUGCCUUUGAAGUACCUUUCCGAGAGGUAACCCCGGACUCUUCUCCAGCAGAAGUGACACUGGCAUAUCUUGUGAAGCCCAAAACAUCAGCGGGCAGCUCACUGUUACCAGUUGCUCGCUGACUAUGAAGAUAUAUAUUGAGGUAAAUCUCCUCGACAGUUGAUUUUUCAUUUGUAUCAGAAACAUUUAUAUAAUAGGUAGAUGGAAUUACUGUAAUUACAGCAAUGAAGCAAACAUUCUUGUCUUUCCUUCUUUGUGGCCUUAUUCCAAGUGGGAUCCAAAAGGCCAGAUCUUCUUUGUGUUUAAAGAAAUGAUUUUAUGAUUUUAACAACAGUUAUCAUAUA